AAGCUACAUAAUCUUUACUCCCUGGAAUGGAGAUAAGAAACGCCCUAACCUUUGGAAUAGAAAUUGAUAGGAUUAAAAUCAACUGGUAUAAAUACAGAUGUAACAAGACAAUAAAACACAGAACUUGGAACCUUCUCCAGAACAGGGUGUCUUGGGAACUCACCUGGCUGGAGAGACUUCUGGAAGAGACUGCAACCACACAUCAAGGCUUGAUCCUUGAGCUGACCUCUUCCUAUUUUUCCUACUACGGAAAGCCCUGGAUCUGCUCAUUAGGUGAGUGCACGAUUGCCCAUUUGCACUAUUUUAAAGAGAAACAGCAGCCGCAGCGGCCCCAGAGAAGAACGAGAGGGCGAGCGAGCGUGGUGCUCCCGGGCGGCCUGGCCCCCUCUCCUCAUCAUCGCCAGCCCUCUGCCGCCUUUCUCCGCUUCCACCUUUUCUCCUCUCCCUCCAAGUGGAGGCCCCCUCUGGGGCGGGCAGGACCGGGAGUGAAUUCCCCUAACUCCUUCACCCUCUCCCUGUACCUGGCCCCAUUGUGAGGAGAAGGCCCGGCCCUGUCCGGCCCGAGUCCUGUGUGAGGAGCACCCGGGCCAGCCCACAGUUGUCUUGGGCCUGGUCCAGCUCGGCUGGUGUGUGAGGACUGGAGCCCCGGCCAGGCGCCGCCACCGCCACCGCCACAAUGGCCAGCUCCCAGAAGGCCCUGAUGCUGGAGCUCAAGUCCCUGCAGGAGGAGCCGGUGGAGGGUUCCCGGAUCACCCUGGUGGAUGAGUCUGACCUCUACAACUGGGAGGUUGCCAUCUUCGGACCCCCCAACACCCUCUACGAAGGCGGCUACUUCAAGGCGCAUAUUAAAUUUCCUAUUGACUACCCAUAUUCACCACCUACCUUCAGAUUCUUGACCAAAAUGUGGCACCCCAACAUUUAUGAGAGUGGGCAUGUAUGCAUUUCAAUUCUUCAUCCACCCGUAGAUGCCCCACAGAGUGGUCAACUGAACUCCGAAAGGUGGAAUCCUACUCAGAAUGUCAGGACUAUCCUGUUAAGUGUCAUCUCAUUGCUUAAUGAGCCCAACAUCUUCUCCGCAGCCAAUGCGGAUGCUUCAGUUAUGUUCAGGAAAUGGAGGGACAGUAAAGGAAAAGACAAAGAAUAUGCUGAAAUCAUUAGAAAACAGGUUUCAGCCACUAAAGCCGAAGCAGAAAAGGAUGGAGUGAAAGUACCCACGACCCUGGCAGAAUAUUGCAUCAAAACGAAAGUGCCUUCCAAUGACAACAGCUCAGAUUGGCUUUAUGACGACUUGUACGACCUUGACAUUGAGGAUGAAGAGGAGGAGGAGGAGGAAGAUGCUGACUGUGAUGACCAUGAUGAUUCUGGGAAUGAGGAGUCGUGACCUGCUCCUUCGAAGCCCCUGUACUGCCCUGCCAUCUCAGGCCAAGGGAGAGGAGCAAGUGGGGACCUAGCAGUGGCCCCUCAGCAAAACCCCAUCACGGGGGGUGGGGAAAACAAACAUGGCUCCUGCUGACUCCCCUUGUGGAUCUCAGUUGGCUCCUUUUUAUGGACCUCUUAAUGGAGGGAAGGUAAUUGUGAACGAAAGGGGCCACAUGCUGACCUGACAAGCUGAGGGGAGGCCUGCAUGGCAGUCUGAGAGACCUAAAGUAACCACAAAGGAUGGUCUGAAAUUAAACUUUAACUCAGAGCAGUUAUGGUGGGCA